AUGAAAGCAGCGAUUGUAAUUUUGGCAUUAAUUGGAUUUGUUCAGUCGACUCGUAUUUCGAAAUACGAUGUUCUAGAAACUCAGUGGAAGCUAUUCAAAAAGGAUCACAUGAAAAGUUAUCAUAAUGAAAGCGAGGAGCUAUUGCGGAAACAAAUCUUUAAGGACAACAUGGAGCAGAUUCACAGCCACAAUCUGCGAUACGAAGCUGGCAAAGAGUCCUACAAGAUGGGAGUGAAUCAAUUCACAGAUUUGCUACACGAAGAAUUCGUAAAUUCUAUGAUGGGCACCCUAAACACUACAGCUUUCCAUAGCGAAUAUAUAUAUACGCCAGGAAGAAAGGUCAAGCUGCCAGAGAGUGUGGAUUGGCGAGAAAAGAAAGCUGUUAGCGCUGUAAAACAUCAAGGAGAUUGUGGAUCCUGUUGGGCAUUUGCUGCAGUUGGCACAAUGGAGGGUCAGCAAUUUCUAAAGGAAAAAAAGCUAGUUGAAUUAUCCGAACAGAAUUUACUCGACUGUUCCAGUGAAGCACCAUAUAAGAAUCUCGGCUGCAAGGGUGGCAGCCCACAGGAAGCUCUGCGAUAUGUUAAGGAAAAUCAUGGCAUAAAUACACGCAGCUCGUAUGCCUAUGAAGGACAUGUGGGUAAAUGUCGUUUCAAAAAGGAUCAAAUUGGAGCGGUUAUUACGGGAAGUGUCGAUGUCCGAUCAGGUGAUGAGGCUGCUUUGGAAGCGGCUGUUGCCGAAAAGGGUCCGAUUUCAGUAACCAUCGAUGCAACCCAUUUACAGCAUUAUCAAGGUGGUGUCUAUAAUACCGCCUGCGGCGGUACAGCAAAUUAUCAUCAUUCCAUUCUCCUAAUUGGCUACGGUAAAGAUCCCAAAGCUGGCAAUUUCUGGCUCCUUAAGAACUCCUGGGGAAAUUGGGGAGAAGGUGGAUACUUUCGCAUGGCUCGCAAAAGCAACAAUCUAUGCGGUAUUGCCACCUAUGCUGUAUAUCCUCUGCUUUAA